AGUAGUAGUAGUAGACACACACACACCCGUUGCUUUUUUGGUGUUCCCUCUCUUUUUAUACUCCUUCUUACUUCUUCUUACCCUUACCGGAAAUAUUGCUUUCUGCUUCUCACGGCCGUCUUCGUCUUCCCUGAUUCACAAUACUUCUCUCUCUCUCUCUCUCUCUCUCUCUCUCUCUCUCUCUAUAUAUAUAUAUAUAUAUAUAUAUAUAUAUCUGUUUGUUGCAUUUUCCAUUGUUGAAGGAGAAAACUCCGAAGCUGUAGGGUCAUGGACGGUGGAGCGCAGUACAACCCUCGUACCGUCGAAGAGGUUUUCAGGGACUUCAAGGGUCGUAGGGCUGCCAUGAUCAAGGCUCUCACUACUGAUGUUGAAGAAUUUUUCCAGCAGUGCGAUCCUGAAAAGGAUAAUCUUUGUCUGUACGGGUUCCCCAAUGAACAAUGGGAAGUUAAUUUACCUGCGGAAGAAGUUCCUCCCGAACUUCCCGAACCUGCAUUGGGCAUAAACUUUGCUAGGGAUGGGAUGCAAGAAAAGGACUGGCUGUCUUUGGUUGCCGUUCACGGCGAUGCAUGGUUACUUGCCGUGGCUUUCUACUUCGGGGCAAGAUUUGGUUUUGAUAAAUCUGACAGGAAACGGCUGUUCACUAUGAUUAAUGAUCUACCAACAAUAUUUGAGGUUGUGACUGGAGCUGAAAAGAAACAGGCUAAGGAAAAGUCAUCUGUCUCAAACAUCACCAGCACCAAAUCAAAGUCCAGUUCAAAAGGGGUAAAAGAAAAACGAGGAUCUGAACCAGAGAAGUAUUCGAAGCAAACAAAGGAUGAGGAUGAGGGAUUGGAUGAAGAAGAUGAGGAGGAGCAUGGGGAGACCUUGUGUGGUGCAUGUGGGGAGAACUACGCAUCUGAUGAGUUCUGGAUUUGCUGUGACAUAUGUGAGAAGUGGUUCCAUGGCAAGUGUGUGAAGAUCACUCCUGCCAGGGCCGAGCACAUUAAGCAGUAUAAGUGCCCCUCAUGCAGCAAUAAGAGAACACGGCCUUGAUAUUGUAGGGAUGUGGGUUAGUUCUCAGUUCUCACCCGUAACUAAAUCAUGUUGGUCUUUUAACUAGUUAGUAACGUAGGCUUCCUUUGUCAAUGCAAUUGUGGUGCGGCAUAUGUAUUUAGUACGACGGAUAUAUUAUUUAAUAUUUGAUAGUUUGCAGGUUCUGAACAUGUCUCCGACGUUCAUCCUGUACUGCGAUAUUUAUGUUCUUUGGACAUGAUAGCAUACUUGUUUGUGCAGAAGGCUACAU